CCACACUUUGAAGUCUGUCUGUGCUUACUCAUUGAGCAGAGACUUUCUGGGGGAAAAUAAAUGGUUUCCUACAAACAUUCUCUACCAUAGAACAUUGCUGUGGUCUUUUUUUUUUUCCAACACCCAUAUUGUGCUCCAACUCUUAACACACUCAAAUGGAUUGUUUAAAGAAAGAAGAGCCCAGCCCAAUUGUAAUUUCUUGGCGGAGCUUACUGACAAUCCAAAGAGAAAAUUUCAAAAUGGCUCACAAGUGUUGCUAUAAAACAGGGUGCCACACUCCAUAUAAAAUUAGAAAAGUCAGUGUGGAGCAACCCCUUCAUUCUUCUUCAGGGUCUGUCUUUGUAUACCCUAUGAACAUGGCAGCUUAUCACCAGCAGGGGCGGAAAGUGAAAAGAAGAAAGUUUCUCCUGACUAAGUGAAGCCCAGUGACUCCAAGACUAAGACAGCCAUGUUCUUCUAUCUCAGAUUAGACCACAGGCUCUUGGGCAAACGCUGCCUCCCACUCAUCCUGGGAGCUGCUUUUCAUUCUCCCUUAUUACUGAGCAAUCCUCCGCUCUAUGAAUUUUUCUUUAGCUAGAUUCCAAAUUGUAUUUUUAAAAACCUGUUUUCUAGACAACUUUUGAUUUAAUUUUUUGCUUGUCAUGCUUUUCUUUGUAUUUCAAUCCAUUAUUUAUUGUUUUUAAUAAAUAAGUGUAGUGGUUGCUUUCCCCAUUUUAUAUUUACAAUGGUCUCUUCCACUAAAACUACAUUUUUAUCAGUGCUCUUUAACAUGAUGUCUUAUAUGUCUCCUUUACUUUUUGCAUGUGCUCUUAUCUGCUGUGCCUUUUUGAUCUGUGCUCUUAUCAAUUGUUCUCUGUCUUUUAUUUAUACGCUGUGAAGGAUUUCCCAUAUUCAUUUAAAAGUCUCUAUUUCAUAGGUACAUUCUCUCAUUCCAUUAAUAUUUUCUCUUUAAACGUACAAUCUCUUUAAAUUUAUCUCUAAAAGUACAUGGAUCCUGGUGAAAUCCUACUUUAAUUCCUAUGUUUUAAUAUGUUAUAUAAAUCAUAAAUCAUUUUGACAGUGUUUUGGUAAUCUGUUCAUGUUGCUGUAGAUGUUAGCUUCAUUUGCUUCCAAUUUCUGAACCAAUUUGCCGGUGCAGAUCCAUGUGACAGAGCUGUUACAGAGAUCAUGAACAUCUGAGCUGUCACUAACCUCAUGGGCUAGAGGUAACGUCAUGAUCAGAUCAGUUCCUUCAAGCCAGAUUUCCCAAAAACAUUAGCUAGGAGAGGCUCCCAAGUCUGCGAACUAGAUCCUACCCAGUUUCUGUUGUUCUUUAAGUGUGUGCACACACAGACACCUGCGUGUCAAGUGUCCUUGUAGAGAUCAGAAGACCACUUUCCGGAACUAGUCCCCUACUUCUAUCCUGUGGGUCCUAGCUGUGGAAACCAGGUCCUCAGACUUGUUGGCAGGCACCAUUUGCCCAUCUCACUGCAUCCCUCCCCCACACCCAACUGAAAUGCAGAAAAGUCUUUCAAGUAAACUGUCGAUCUCGACUUGUGUUUAUUUGAUAAAUCUGUUGAAAUGAUCAACUUGGAACACUUGGUGAACACUUGUCAGAUUCUGUACAUCAGUAUUUCCGUAAGAUGUUGACCCUGAACAUUUAGUAAGUUAGUAAAGCUGCUUCCUGGUUUCCAUCUCUGGCGAUAGACAAACCAAUAAAAUGAAAAACCUGGACAGUAAUAAUGAAAAGAAAGAAAAGGUGACGGUGAAACCCACUAGUUUGUUUGGUUCAUAUCCACUACUAACUACAACAAACAGAGACAAAACAUUGCAUUAUAGGCAACUAAUUUCCAACAUUUGUGUACCACAUCAAUGUGAUUAGACACUCAUUUCCAACCUAUUAAAUCAGAACUUGCAGACACAGCCAUAUAACUGUUGAGGAUCUAAAGAUUCACUGUCUUAAUAGAGAAAAUUCAGGUAGGCAUUCCUUAUGCUAGGCCUUGAUUCAUGAUUAGAAAGUUUAUCAUACUAAUAACAAAAUGAACUCAGCAGAUUAUAUUGACAUAUAUUUGUGGAUACACAUGCACAGAUAUAUCACAUAUAAUCUAAGAAAAACAGGUGACUAACUUGAGAGUGAGGAGGUAUGAAAAAAGCUAAAAAAAGGGUAGAUGGGAAGGGCUGGAGAAAGUAAAGGUAUUAGGGAACAAUGUAAUUCUGUUUCAAUUAAAAAUCUUUUAAAAUGAAAAAUUCUUAAUUAUUAAUCACAUAGAAAAAGUAUCCCCCAUACUCUAUAUUAAAAUACAGCCAUCAGCAACAAAAAAUAUUGUUAUUUUAUGAAGUGGCUCUUAUAAAUUCAUUAAUAGAUUUCUUUCUAUCAUACCCAGAGUUCUGCUGGAGGACAGACAUAUUCAUAUGGAGAGAGCCAAUGGUUCCAUGUUGACAGAAUUUGUCUUGGUGGGGCUCUCUGACCACCCAAAGCUCCAGAAAGUUUUAUUUGUGCUGGUUUUGUGCAUGUAUCUGCUGAUCCUGCUUGGGAAUGGAGUCCUCAUCUCAGUAGUCAUCUACAACAUGCACCUGCACACCCCCAUGUACUUCUUCCUCUGCAACCUUUCCUUCCUGGACAUCUGCUACACAAGCUCUUCUGUCCCACUCAUUCUUGGUAGCUUUCUGAAAGGAAGGAAGCGAGUUUCCUUCCCUGAGUGCAUGGUCCAAAUGUUCUUCUCCUUUGCCAUGGGUGCCACAGAAUGUGUGCUCCUAGGCACGAUGGCACUUGACCGCUUUCUGGCCAUCUGCUAUCCACUGAGAUACCCUGUCAUCAUGAGCAAGGGUACCUAUGUGCCCAUGGCGGUUGGAUGUUGGGUUUCUGGGACUGUUGACUCGUUGGUGCAGACAUCUCUGGCAGUGCAUUUACCAUUCUGUACUGAUAACACCAUUCAACAAUUUGCCUGUGAAUUUGUGGCUGUUGUGAAACUGGCUUGUGGAGAUAUUUCAAUCAAUAUGAUUAGCAUGGCAGCGUCAAACCUGCUUUUUCUAGCUGUUCCAUUGAUAGUCAUUGCUAUCUCUUACGUUUUCAUCAUUGCCACCAUCCUGAGGAUCCCUUCCUCUGAAGGAAAACAGAAGGCCUUCUCCACGUGCUCUGCCCAUCUGACAGUGGUGAUUAUAUUCUAUGGAACCAUUUUCUUCAUGUAUGCAAAGCCCAAGUCUAAAGUCACUGCUGGGACAGGACAUCAAAGUGUGACCGAGGCGCUUAUCUCCCUUUUCUAUGGAGUAGUGACCCCCAUGCUCAAUCCUCUCAUCUACAGUCUGAGGAACAAGGAUGUGAAGGCUGCUGUUCAGACCAUGCUGGGAGGAAAUCGUCUGAUGAAACAUUAAUGAUUAUUUGUUUAGACUCUGUGACUUGCUAUUGGAACUUGUGUUUAUAUAAACACGAAAUUCACGAAGAUCGAAUGACACAUGAAAACUCAAAGGCAUUAAAAUAUUUUGGUUUCUUUUGUUACAAUUUAGGUUUUGUUAUAAAUGCAGAAAUGAGACCUAUUGACAUUUGUUAAAUAUACUGUUACAGAAAUGCAAGAAUGCUGAAAACAUUUUGGAACAACUAGCAAGGAAAAUAAACUCUUCAAAUUUAGAAAAUGGUUUAAGAAACACAUUUAUUUAAAGUCCUUAAGGGAGUUUAU